AGGGACAACACAAGCAACAGGCCAACGCUCGCGGGCAAAGUCUCCAGUACCUCCGAGUUUUUAACGAAACUAGUUCGAGUUUUAGACACUAAGGCAACGUUAAAGCUAUUUCAAGAGGUUUUUUUUUUUUAAAAAACACAUAUAUAUAGAUAUUAAUGUUGAUAACUGUCAGUGAGCGGAAAUGCCAACAAAGCCAGCUAAAAAGGGCUCAGCCAAAAAGCCCAAUGCUGUCGGAACCGCAGUUGUCAACAAGAACUGGGAGGCUGGUCUCACCAAGGCCCCGUUUGAAGAGGAGUCAUGGCAGGCCUGUGUGUCUUUGGUGGUUGGGAGGAGUCCAGAGGACGAGGACCUGAUCCGGGUUUUGGCUUUGGCAGCACAGCAGCCACUGCGCAAACUGUUCACCUUGUUGACCUGGGACAGCGCCAUUGCAAAGAUCCAUGAAUUGGGGAAUCCCAAAGCUAAAAAAGCUGAUGAUGUCCCUGAGUUCUAUGAGGUUACAGAGCCUGCUAAGGCACUGCUGGAUGCAGGAGAGGAGAUUCCCUGUGACCUGAUGGCAAAUAUUCUGAAGUUUCAGCUGCUACAGAUCAAAGCUGAUGAUCAGCAGAGGAGGGAAGCCGAGCAGCGUGAGGAAGCGAAGGCAAAGGCCGGCCCUACCUCUGCCAGCAAAGGGGGGGCCAAGGUCCCUAAUAAAAAUGGAAAGAAUUCGUCCUCACCUGCGGGACUUUCUAAGGAGAAGAAGACCAAGCUGAAACGCAGGGAUGAUGUUGAGCCACCAAAGUUUAUAGAUGAUGAACCAGAGGAUGGUCCUCAGCACUAUAUCCUGCUGCUUGGCUUCCAUCAGCCCCACCUAAUUGCGGCACUUGAUGCCGUAAGUGUACAUGUAGCCAGUGUCAUCAAAUUGUCCUCGAAGUGCUCUGAGGGGCGGCAGGAACGACACACAUGUGAAGGCAGUGAGAGUCAGAGUGUUUCUCCAGGUCUGGAUGCAGAGGAUCAUGGUAGGGAAGAGCUGGCUGCACAGGCCAGGAAGUUGGAUCUGUUCUGGUCAGGUCUCAGACCAGUUUUGGACAGCUGGCCGCCAGAGUCCAAGCUCCAUGAUGUGGCUCAGCUCAGCUACACUGUCCCAGAUCUCUCCCCACAGUCCCACACACAGGACCCUGAGGCUGAGCUGGAGAUGGGAAUCAAAAUCUUUGACGGUGUGGCCAAUCUCAUUUAUGACUGUCUGGACUGGCGUAAACAACAUCAGCACUACCUGGAAAACAUCAAACUCAUCAGUGUACCCAUUGUUGUCCGGUUGGAACAACAGCAAGCAGAGGUUUUGCCGACCCCACUCAUCAUGACUCCACGCUCCAAGAAGAAGCGCACGUGUGAGGAAAUCCCACCAGACCAAGAGAGCGAGCAGCCUCCUCUCUCUACAGAUGUCGACAUGCGUCAGUAUGCUAACCUACUCGACAUGGUUCCCCCUGAAGCCUGCUCUGUGCCUCUAAUCUUGCACUGUAUACUGGAACAGGUGGUGACUUCAACAGAGCAGUCUUUGUCCACCUCGUCCCAUGUCUCUGAGAAGCCGAAACUUCUCACCAGUCCUUGGUUAAACCAUCAGCUGCUCAGCCACAUGCUCCAAAGCUUCCUGCCUCUGGUGCACACAGAAGAGGAGAAAAGCCACAUGUUUAAGAGUUUGCUUACUCUGGCGCAGAAUGAGGAGGACAUGAAGAGUCUACAGAAGAGGUUUGGAGCAGGGGAGAAUCAGAGGAAGUCUGAGCAGCCUCUGGUCAUCAGACACCAUGAUGAGAGGACGCUGCGCUUGAGGGAUGUCACUACGGCUCAGGGUUUUGAUCCAGCAGAGGUGGAAAUGUCCAUGAUGAGGCUGUCUCCAUUGUGGGAGCUGAUCCACUCUGUACCUCAGCAGAGAAAGGGCAACACCUGCUGGACGGCUCUGAAACAGCAACUGCAACACUACUGCGCUGACGAUGUCGUGUCAUGGCCAGAGGUGGAGCGUCUCUUUUGCCAGAGUGUGUUUGAAAGUAUGCCGCUGACCAGCCUGGACGAAAAGGGUGUUCUACUAAAUGCUCCCGGACUGCUGGGAACACUGGAACCAGCACACCAACAACCAGCCACAGUAAUCCCCUGGGAUAACCCACUUUCCUAUGCUAAAGAGCAGCUUCAUAACCUACGGACUAAAGGUCCGUUAUUUCUUACUCAACAUCCUGAAAACACAGAGAUCAGUGGCAGAGUGUCUAGCCAGCUGGACCUAUCUGACAUUCAGAGUUGUAGGCUGAGAUCUCUGUUUGACUGGCACUAUGCUGAACACCACGAUGCCUCUGUCUUCCCACAGGUGCUCCAGUCAGCCUCAGAAGAAUAUCGCUGCUUGGACACUUUCAGAGGAAGUCACAACAACACCCUGUACAUUUUCUGUCACAAUCCAGUGAGCCCUUCUCUCCAGUGCAAGGAGCUCUGGAAUGUAGCCCUUCAUACUGAUGUCAAGUUCAGGAACUAUCUGGAGCAUGUGGCAGAUAGCAUUUCUGAUUGGACAAAAGAGGAGGAAUUGGAGAGAAACCUCAGCCCGGCUCCUGAAGGACUAGAUCCUGCAGUGGAGGAGGAGACUCUGGAGCCGGUCAUCAGGAAAGACUCCCUUAAAGCAUGGAAGUUGGAGCAGGACCGACUAAAGGAAGAAGAGAUGGCCAAGAAAUCAAAGAAGGAGAAUACGCAGAGAAUCAAGCAGCAGCAGCAGCAGCAGCAGCUGAAGGAGGAGGAGGCCAACAUCAAAAGUAAAACACUGUCUAGUGGCAAAAAGAGCAGAGCAGAGAUGACUCCCUCAGAGUCCACUACUAACACAGCGCCCCCUGUGGAGGACAACGUAGAACUGCAUCCAACAGAGGAACCCUUUAAUGGUUUCACAGGUUACAGCUUGGAUGGAAAGUUGGUCCAUGUUUCAGGUCGUCUGCAGCAGCUUUUCCCUUCAGAUGGAGGACGCAUCAUUGUGGAGGAUGUCAGCUAUGUUGAGGGUUCAAGCCUGAUGAAAGUGGCUGUGAAGAAGGAUGGGCAUCAUUUCUGCACACACAUCAAUCAUGUUGUCCUUGAUCCAGCUAAACGUCCCCCACAGCCCCAAGACAAAGAAGCCAAUGGAAAAAAAGAAGACUUUAAAGUGUCAGAGCCUGUAGCCAUGAAAAGAGUAAAGCAGGGCUCCCUCUCAGCAGUGUUAGACAACGGAGUCCACCUGUCAUACAGUUUCUAUGGUCCCACAGGAGAAUACAUAGUGAGCCCCCAGGAAACAGAAGGAGCCCGAGAGACUUCCCCCUUUGUCCCGCUCUCCCCCGCCACCCACCGCUCCAAGGGGACAGACAUGGAUUUAGUUCCCUCUGAGUCACACAGCCCAUCCAGCCCCACCAGACCUCCAGAGUCCCAGUCUCAGGUGUGCGAAGGCCAGCCAGCCUCGCAAUCACGUCCAUUCAACAGCCUCAACCUGUCUGUUCCUAAUGGCCUGCUGCUGCAAUUUCUGCUGGAGGAUACCCAAGUGUCCUCAAAGGAGCAGGGUAUGCUGGUGAAACAGGGCUUUCCUCUACAUGGCAGGGCAGUUAUGGGGCAGCUUCAGGACCCCUCUCUCUCUAAAGAACUGUCCCGCAUCAUCACCAGCCAGGGAGCUGUGAUCCGAUACAUGAGAGACGGCUCAACAGAGGUUCUAUUUGCAGAUGGCUCUGUCAGUUCCAGCCAUGAUUCUGGUCCGGUGUGGGUUCCGGACUCUGAGGUUGAGGAGGAGAAGACCUUGCAAAAAGCUGAGGACAACAAGAAAAAACAGAGCUCAGAGAAGGAGGGUGAUGCUCAGAGAGGGUGUUGGUUAACAACGACGCCACAUGGAGUGCGCAUCCACACUGUGGGGACGACACACAAACACAUUCCCACCACGCCUAUUCUGGCCUUCAAGGCUACAGACCCCAUCACCCAUGAGGUGAUGCUGAGCCGAGAGGAUCUGGUGGUUUCUGUCCAGAACCCAGACGGAUCUCAAAUCGUCGAACAUGCAGACGGAACCAGGAUCACCAGUCUAUACCAAGACAGGCCACCAAACUCACUGCAACACACAGAGGAGCAUCCUGGGAGUACGAGCCUUCAAUCAACUUCUGAAUGUGUGUGUGGCUGCAUUGAGUGUGUGUGUGUCAUGAGCUGCGCCGAGAGCACUAAUGAGAACAAAGUGGACGACCUUUGCAGUGACGGUGCAGAUAAAGCAUGUGCAAAGUUGAGCGAGCGUGAUGAAAGAGAAAGCAAUGAGUGUAAGAACAGUGAGGAGAACGUGUUUGUGGCUGAGAAUGGUAAGAUGAGCAUGAGUGAGAGUGAGAAGGAGAGUGUGUCUACCAGAGAGCGGGUGGUGUUGGUGGAGAAGGAGGGCUGUGCCACGGUGGUGAUGUACCCAGAGCGACAUGCAGCUCACGUCUUCUUAGCCGAUGGAACCGUCAUCACUGGGGACAACCAAGGAGCCUAUCAGGUGUUCCCAUCCAGCAUGGGGCUCCUGCAGAUCCAAAGUGAUGGGAAGUGUGUGUACUCGUCUGACCCACUUGUAACCCCAAGCCCGAAGAGUGGGACAACCACAAACCAACUCGGAAGCUAUGUUAUGAGUCACACGGACAUUGUGGCCUGUGACGUUACAGACCCUGAUGGGAACCACUUCCAGGUAAUGGACAAUGGGAGGUUAUCAGUGCUGAACCUCAGCCCGGCUCCGAGCGCUAUGACACAGGAUGAGGAGGAGCCAGAGGACGAGGCGGACAGAGAAAUGGCCAGGCUUCAUUUAAAACACAGAGAGCAUUUGCCUAGGCUGUUUCUGGUGCACAAGGAUGGCUCCGGUACUGAGCUCCUGAGCUCUCAAACCGUAGAGGAACUUCUCUACCAGGCGUACUCCGACCCCACAGUAGCACUGCUGAAGGAGCCGCUGCCAGACACACAAGAUGACUUUGGCAUUACUAUCUUAAAGCCCAGCCACUGCAGCGUGUGGUCCCAGUGGCUGCUAGAGAAACAGAAGCCUGACAUCACCCCUCCCAACCUCAGAAACCGCAGCUGGCAUGAUUUCCCGAGAACAGAGACAAAGACCCCAGGCCCUCCAUUUGGUGUCAACAUGGGACGAGGUUUGACUCUGAGAGAGAGGUCUGCUGAUUCUGCAGCACAGCAUCAGCCCGUCAGGAGCUGCCCAAAAGUCCUGGAGAUGAGGGAACUGUACCAGCACCGCCCGUUUACUACACUGCUCAGAAAUAACAUAGACACACGACUGAAGGAAUACAUCGAGAGUUUGAUGGAGAGGGAGCAGCGAUCGGAGGAGAUGGAAGUGAAAGACCCCCGCACUGAGGAGGAGAGAGUUCAUGCCAGUGAGCUGCUCAACCUGGUCCAGGCCUUUGCAGAAGAAGAAGAUGCAGGUCACACUCCUGAAAAAAGGACUUCAGUGGACAUCGUCAGUCUGUACAGCCAAGGAGUCGGAGCCCAGAGUGAGCAGUCAGACAUUUCAGAAGAGACAGCCACCGUCAAGAGUGACAGUUUUGCAAGUGGAAAGGAGUCAAAAUGGACUGAAAGACUCUCACACCACAAACAGGAGAUGUCUGAGGAGAAGGCUUACAGAGAGGCUCUGAGGAAGAAGAACGUUGUCCCUUUUUUCCAUCCAGAAAAUAUCCUGUUAUACCAGAAUCUGCUGCAAACACCAGACAUGAGGAGCGUGUCCAUGGAUCUCCCUCCGAUCCCCAAGUCAGACAGCACAGAGGCCUUCCUGAAAGAUGCCCCACGAGACAGUGCUCCACGACCGUCAAACCCAACACCCUCUCAAUCUGCAAGUUGUGCAGCAGGAAGUGACAGGAAGCUUAAAAUGCGACCCACCAACCCUACGCCUCAGAGUGCUGGUAAGAGCAGUCUGAGGGGUGCAUCUGGGCCACGCAGGUCAGUCCAGGUGGACGUGACUGGAAAGCCCAGGAGGACUAAAGUCAGAGUACCAGCAUCUAUCCACAGCUGUAAACCCUGCAGUGAGCCGGAUCAACAGUUCCCAUCAGGCAAAGAGCCUGUGAGGAGGAAUAGUCGACCCGUUUCCCUGACUGAUCCAAAUGUCACUGUGAGGGGAUUCCAGCUCCUCCCAUCCAGUGUUGACUUCGGUAUGCAGCAGGAGGGGACCUCUGCAGCCAUUACUGUGAGGAUGACCAAUGUUGGUGUCAACGCCUGCAGGUUUUAUGUGAAGCAGCCUCCUCCUGCUACAGGCCUCCGGGUCAUCUACAAUCCAAGGCCGGUGGAUGCUGGUUCCCAUGUUGAACUGAAGGUUCAGCUGUUUGCUCUGAGUGCAGUGGAAGCAGGAGUGGAGGAGCCACAGAAGUACAUCUCCCAUGAUGUCAUCAUCCACACUGAGAUGGACAUCCUCUUCCUACCUGUCACUGCUACCAUCCUUCCUGAGAGGACAUAUGUCAACUGGCUCAAAGACCACAAAAGUGACCACAGCAGGAAGGGGUCCAGGAUCCAUCAGGCUGGACGGGCCCACAGGUGACCCGGCACCCCUCUGAGUGGUCCUCCAACCAGCACGGGAAACCCAAAUGAACUCUGAUUAUCCACCACACUCCAGUUUUAUUCUUCAGAAAUGAAAUAUUGAUUUCUACAGUUUCCUGCUGCAAAUAAAAUCUGUACCAACACCGAAA